GACGCCUUAAGAGAUUUUCGUUUUUCUUCUUCUUUUUUUUCUUUCUGCUUUCCAAGUCACCGGAAAAAACAGCUUCCAUGGCCCAAGCACAGGGCACCACGGCGAUGGGAGCUGCAGAAGGUUCCACGGGGCACAUGGAGUGUGCUAACUCAUCCAGAGGAAAGACCUCGACGAUCUCUCUGGAACAGAAGAUAAGGUACUUGGAAAAACAGAGAAAAGAGCUCCUGGAAGUGAACCAGCAGUGGGACCGGCAAUUCCGAAGCAUGAAGGAGCUGUAUGAGAGAAAGGUUGCAGAGCUGAGAAUGAAACUGGAGGCCACGGAAAAACCCCUCAGCACCCUGGAGAAGGGACAGCCACCAGGCCAGAGGGACGGCGGCGGGCCCGAGGACCUGGCCCAGGAGCAGCUGCAGAGAGCACAGAAGGAAAAGCAGAGCCUGGACCAAGAAUUACAUGAGUUGAAGAGAGAAAAUAAGCUUUUAAGGGAAAAGAACACUGCCGUGCACAGGAAGAAGGAACAUUACGAAUGUGAAAUCAAACGCCUUAACCAGGCUCUUCGGAACGCCCUGAAAAUCGAGGGUGCGUCCUUCCCUGAGCACCGUUUGCGGGAGUCCGAGAAGGGGUGCAGCCUCGAGGAGAUGAGAACAGAAAUGGAGGUUCUCAAACAGCAGGUGCAAAUAUAUGAAGAGGACUUCAACAGGGAGCGAUCGGACCGGGAAAGACUUAAUCAGGAGAAGGAGGUGCUACAGCAGAGUAACCAAACCUGCCAAUCCCAGGUGAACAAGCUGAAGUCCAAGUUAAAAGCUUGUCAGAUGGAGAAAGAAAAACUAGAAAGGCAAUUAAAACAGGUGUAUUUGCCCACCUGUCGCUGCGGCUUCGGCGUCCACCUGCAGGACCUCAGUGCACCUGCCGGGCCCGAGGCUGUGCAGGACCUCGAGAGGCACCCGAUCUCUCCUCCGAAAAGAAAGUCGCCCAGUAAGCCGUGUGCGCGAGCAGAGGGGUGCGCGGGCGCGGGGAGCACCAGGCCGGGGCCCCGCUCUUCCGGGCCCUGUGGCUCAUGUCUUCGGUCCGGCUGCGUGUCUUCUGCCCCGCCACCCUGUGCUGUUCCCUUUGGCGUGGAUGGGGGAAAAGGCUUGUGACAGCUGAGAGCCAGAUCAAGUCUGCGGGCCAGGAUUCUGUGACCCACGGCACGGCCAGGCGUGUCCUCGAGAUGAGACUGGCAGGCAGAGGACACGCUGCGCCCCGGGACCCCUGAGCACAUGGCUGAUGGGUUUAUGGGGUGGCUGUACGGUUUCUGCAAGUCCCCGUGGGGAGCAGCCAUGCUGCCUGUUGACGCACGUGUCUGUGCCCCGGGGGGCCGUCACUGCGGUGGUUUGUCCUUCCCUGCUCCCUGGUUCAUAUGGGGGCCCAGGUCUUGGGCCGGUUCGACUCGACUCGAGGGUCCGUGCGUCUCUGGGGGCCGGCGACGCUGUAAGCAGGACUGAGGACGUUGCACCCUCCUCAAACCACAUGAGUGGCUCCCCACGAACAAAGGGGAGAGAGUUGAGGCGAUUCCCUACGCAGCUGGGUGCCUGCUUCAUGCCAGGAGGAAGGAUGACGGAAGGCACAGUCCCAACCUGGCGGGUCCUGCUCAGGGGCGUGCACACCUUUGCACAGAAGUGGUUCCGAAGUCUGGGGAUUUGCAGUUAAAUCUGCGUUGUUUUUUUGUUUGUUUGUUUGUUUGUUACCCCUCUGUGGAUUUGAGUAGUUAUUAAUAAAGAGCAUUACCCUGACUUCUCAAACCAAUUAAAAUGAAAAACGAAUGCAUCCAA